AUGUUGAUCUUUUAUGAGUGUAUAAAAGUGUAUUCGCUUGACCUGACCCCAAUAUCCUGUUCGCCCUUGCCUCACGCUUACUGGGCCUUUUGUCUUGCCAGAUUUGCUAUUAUUUUCCUUCUUAUCUACCUUCCAUCUCUGAUUUUUAUCGUUUCCCUAUUUCUGGCAGCCAAACUCUCUACAGAGUCUCCAUUGGAGCAGCUUCAUUCUCCAGUAGGCUCGGUAGACAUCGCCGCCCUUGGUCACCGAACGCCGGCGCCCACAGCCUCUACCAAUCUUCGCAUGCCUUUGGUAGUGCCACAUCCCAGACCAAUGCGUCAUCGUCUAGCACAACCACCGACUCCGAGGCUUUGUACAAGUCCGAUCAACACAAACAACAGUAAUGUACCAGCUUCACGCGGUUGGCUCAACCUAUUGGGAAUUGAAGCCAGUGAAGCUUUCGAUCCUCAGGCAAGAAAGUCUCCUGAAAACAUGCAUUUUGAGCCCUUCGAGGAGUCCCAUGACCUGGCGGAUGCCUGGCCGAUUCAGCCGCGCCCCACAUCUCCAUCCCUUGUUGUCCCCAUGAUCCGGUCUUCUGCCAAUACUGCAAAUAGCAUCAGUGCCUGUACACUUCAUCCACUUCCAAGGAUCACAGCUUCACAUGGUGCUGGGCGCCGUCGUGAGUCGGUUAAGUCUACACUACACAGGAUUGGCAACAGCCUCGACUGCGAAUCGACGGCAACACGCACUGUCAGUCCCGAUGGCCUCAACCUCUCGUCGUCAGCGUCGAUGGCCACAAGGACGUCGUCUGCCCUUCUCCUGCCAGCCUCAACGUCAAGGUCGCUGCAAUUUGACACUCUUCUGAGUCCAGAGGCCGGCGGCUCGAGCCCUCAAUUGGCCAGUAUCGGCAUGGGGAAACGUACCUCAUCUAUGAAUAUGCCCAUCAUGGUUGGUCCCCUUGGUCUCUAA